CCUGUCAACAGUUACCCCAGCUUCGACCGCGACGACAACCGCCCUCGGGAUGCGUCCCCCAAUCAGCCCCACCAGAAGAUCCUCCCGGAGCGAUGAAUGGGUCAUCGUAGGGAACGAGUUCGAGACGGGAUCUCACACCAAGUCAAGAUCCCCCCAGCUCAACGACGACAACAUGCCGUCGGGCCAGGUGGCCAACGCCUCGUCGAAUAGUGCUGCCGCUGCCCUCCUAAGCGCUAUCUGCGACGCAGGCUUCUCGAAUGCCGCGACCCACAAGCCCGAGUCCAACGGGUCUUCGACCGAGACGGCAGGCACGGAUGACACGAUGAUGGGAAACAACGAGACUGGCUGCCGGAGCCAGCACAGCGUGUCGGCCACAUACCCACCGAGCCUGCCUCUCACCCAAUUCACCUUGGAGAUGCACGAGCGCGAGCAAUCCCAGUUGUACGUCGCCAGCGUCUCCGGCUGGGUCGUCGGUGCCGGCAUGGGCCAUCGCCUCUCGAUGGGGUUCCCGCGGAGCACCGCGUGCAGCACGUUCUUCACUGGAAGCUCUUCGAUGAGCCCCACCACCAUGGGAAGCACCACGAUCCCGGCCCAGGAGUGGAUGUUUGUCGGCCACCCUUUAGCCACCGACGAUCAGGUUGCCAGUGCGGGUGCUUGGUGUAACGCCCCGAUGGAUGCUUCCGUCUGUGCUCUCUCGCGCAUCAGCCUCAACAGCGAGUAGCCGUCGUCUCGGCAGGCCGGUCGGUCGGCGUCCAUUGUCGACGAGUAUCUGGGCAAUCAAUUGUCGCGGCUGAGAUGGGUUAUUCCUUUCGCGCGUUGUUGUCAUCUAGUCCCUCGUGUUUUUUUUGACCAUCUUGUCCUUGUUCCAUAUCAUGCUUGCCCUUUCCUUAUGCAACUUGUCUUUUGCACUCUUCUCUCCUGUUGGUUCUGUCUCUGGGUAAGGGUAUAGGUAAAGUAUUGUUGG